AUGGCCACCACCACCGCCACCCCCAACUCUACAGCCCAGCAGGCUCAGCGGCGACGGCCCUUCUCGACAUGGGUCAAGAAACUCACCAACUUCAAGUCCUCGUCCGACGGCGAAGGGCCGCGGCGGAACAUGAAGAAGAAGAAGCGCAAUAGCAAAGCCAACAACCCGUACCCGGAGUCCGGCACCGUCAGCGGCUACGCCAACAACCACGACGACAGCUCCGUCAGCGCUGCGACUGGCCAGGGCGAGAGCAGCACGUCCCUCGAGCAGUCGAGCCGCCCGUCCACGACCGAGACGAACGAGCCGCCUGCCACCGGCACGACGGCAUCUACAGACCACGACGCCCCUCGCUCGAUCAAGGCCCCGAGCCACGGUACGAGCUCGGUCACCGGGACCAAUCACACAGUGGGCGGCGGGCUAGAUUCGAGGAAGGGUGGUGACAGCACCUUUUCCAGCCCGGCCCCUUCUGUACAAUCCCUGGCCACGACUCUGACGACGAUACAGUCAGUGGCCCAGCACGCAGGCGGCGGCCCCAACAGCAGCAGCCCCGCCUCCGGUCCCUCGACGCAGAACAACGCUCAGUCGAUCCAGUUCUCCCAGCCUUUCCCUUCGACGUCCCCCGCGUCUGCCAUCCCCGCCCAUCUGGCGCCCAACGGCGCUCCGAACACCUACGUGGCGGCCACCGCCAACGGGCUGCUGACGGAUAAUGCGUCCAUAUUGACGCUUGCGUCCUCGAGCAAGCGGCGGCGCCGUCGGUCUAUGGACACGGACGCCUCGGUCAGGGCGCUAGCCCCCUCUUCGGUCUGGGGAGGCAGCCGCGAGAGUCUUCCCCUCAGCGUGCUCAGCGCCAACAUCGAGUCGUCGGCCAUGGCGAGCACCCCUGCCCUCCACAGCGGGACCGCGCGCGAACGGAACAGCAUCUACUCGUCGACGGGCAUACCUCCCGCCAUCCAGGGCGACCGCAGCAGCUACUACGCAAAGCAGGGCGACGCCGCCAGCAUCAGGAGCGGCAGGCCGGGCCACAGCAGGACCGAGAGCAUGACGGGAGUCAACACUGCCGGGCCCAGCAGCCCUCUGGCAGGGCCCCCGGCCAGCGAGAAGAGCGACAUAACUGAGAAGGUCGACGAGAAUGCGGGGGAUGAGGCAGGGGGCCAGAGGCCUACCAAGGAGGAAUGA